AUGUUCUGUUAUAAGCAUAUUAAAUACUAAAGAUUUUUAGCCGUACAAAAUGGAUUUUCUUUAUUUUAGGAUUUCAAUAUUAUACUUUUAUUAUUAAAUCGUUUAGGUGAUAUUUAAAUAGUCAGUUCAUUUUUUUUAUAUUCCUUCCUACGUUUAUUCAAUAUUUCGCGAUUAUCCAAAUUUUUCUCUUAACCACAUAAUCAAAAAUAUUGCUAUACGAUUCAUAGUAAUCAAUGAUUUCACAUGUAUAUGUAUAUAAGACUCUUCGAACCUGGAAUGCCUGGAAGAUAAGAUUUUUCGUUAAGUGUUGCUAAUUGAUAAUAUGUUUCGUAUAUAGUUCAGAGGUAUACACUUUUAUGUACUCACGCAUACGUAAUAUACAUAUGCAGAUAGCACAUAUUAUCAUCAGAAAAUUAUUCAUAUCACAUGUGUACCACCAGGUCUGAAAGGGUUAAAAACAUUUUCGAAAGUGAAUAAAAGAGCAAUUGAAUCUCAUCGUUUUAUUGUGAAUUAGCAAAAUAAGUAUUUGUAAAUAAUAUAAUAGAAUUUGAAAAAAUUUGUGUAAUUAUAGGAUACUAAUAUUUUGAGAAAAAAAAUAUACAUAUCUAUACAUAAAUAUGGCAGAAUACAAUUUCAAAAUGGAUAAAAUUGGUUUCAUUGGUGGUGGAAAUAUGGCUAGUGCUAUUGGUGCUGGUUUAAUUCGCAAAGGUAUAUUAAAUCCAGACAAUGUUUGGGUUUCUGCUCGUACAAGUAAAACACUGAAGUUUUGGAAUGAUUUGGGUGCUCAUGCCACAUUGAAAAAUGGGGAAGUAUUUGAUAAUUGUAAUAUCAUAUUUUUAACUGUAAAACCACAAAUACUUAAUGAUGCACUUGAUGAUCUGAAAUUAACAAUGUCAUCCAAGCCUGCUGAGCCAAUUUUUGUCUCUGUUCUUGUGGGCAUUUCAUUAGAUACAUUGGCUGAUAAACUCAAGCAUAUUGUUGAACAUCCUAAGAUAAUUAGAUGUUUGCCUAAUACUCCAUUGCUGAUUGGUGAAGGAAUAACAAUAUAUUGUUCUAAGAACUCAACUAUUGAAGAGACAAAUAUGAUAAAAGCAUUACUGUCACAUAUUGGAAUAGCUGAAGCUGUUCCUGAAUCUCUUAUGAAUGCUAUAGGUGGCCUUUCAGGUUCUGGUCCUGCAUAUGCUUAUCUUAUUAUAGAAGCAUUGGCAGAUGGUGCUGUAAUGAUGGGUGUUCCAAGACUUAUGGCAACAAAAUUUGCAGCUCAAGUAUUAGUUGGAGCUGGCAAAAUGGUAUUAGAAACAGGUAAGAAUCCUGGUCAAUUAAAGGAUGAAGUAUGCUCUCCAGGAGGGACGACCAUUACAGGAAUUCAUGCCAUGGAAUGUGGUCAAGUUAGAGCUUCUAUGAUGAAUGCAGUACAAGCUGCAGUAAAGAAAUCAAACGAAUUUACUUCCGCUAUAGGUAAAUAAUACAAAAAGAUAAUAAAACAGUAGUGGAAUAUUCAAACACUUUUGUCAUAGUUCUAAUUUAUUUUUACGUACAGAAUAAUGUAAUUGUAACAAUAAUAUGAGAAACAGCCAUUAUGUUAAAUAUUUUACAUCUUAUAUUGUGUGCU